UGUGGGUGGAGGGAACUUGGGGUGAAAGUUUCGAGAUGCAGCAAAGACUCGCAUAAAUGCAUAACCUUGACUUGGAGCGAACAAAGGCUCACCGCGCGCCUCACCAACGUCUAUUUCACACUCACCACGACACCAAACCUUGCUUCACCGGGAAAUUCUGUCCUCCAAGGCAUCGUUUUCAUCAACGAGAACCACCAUGGCGUCAGCAUUUGUCGCGCCCGGCCAGCAACGCUACCUGCGCGCCUGCAUGGUAUGCUCCAUCGUCCAGACCUACGCGCGCUUCCGAGAUGGCGGGUGCCCCAACUGCGAGGAGUUUCUCCGUCUCCAGGGCUCGCAGGACCAGAUUGAGAGCUGCACCUCGCAGGUUUUCGAGGGUGUGAUCACGCUCGCGGAUCCCACGAAAAGCUGGGUCGCCAAGUGGCAGCGACUGGACAAGUACGUCGCCGGCAUGUAUGCCAUCAAGGUCAGCGGGCAGUUGCCGGACGAAGUGAGGAGUACCCUGGAAGAGGAGUAUAGGAUACCGUAUAUCCCACGAGACGGCAGUGAGGCGGAGAUUGAUCAAUAAAAUGAAGAGUACCGACUGUACAGUAUCACGGCGACAGGCGUUGGACGGAGCUGGGAAAGAACUCUUUUUAUUUACAUCAUCACUUGACUACAACAGCUGAGCAACGAAUGGUAUUUGGAUGAACGCUCUAUU